AUGCAUGAUCGACCACGCCUAAAUGGGGCGUUUAGAAGAAGCUCCAGUCUUGACUCCUUUGAUUCAAGCAAAAGGAAUUUGGGUUGGAGACUUAAUCAAGGUAACACGUUUUCAAACAGUAGAGAAGAGAAACCAAUAAUUAGCUCCUUAGAACGCGAGACUAGAGCUUGGGAAAGACUGAAGAGAUUAUCAUUAAGUAUUAAGUCUGUAGGCCAAGGUGUUACAAGUGACGACAAAUUCCCUCAAAACAAAGUUCAAGUAGAACAGAUUCUUCUAUAUAUAAAUACAGGUGCAAAAUACAACGUUAAAAUCUACGAAAAGAAGGAUGAGUAUGCACGAAUGGUAUAUGAAUUAUUUUCUUUAGGGGGUCAUUGCUACGAUAUAAUGAUGAGUUCAUUUAAAAAUAUUGUGAGUAAUCCUAAAGUCAACGGUGUGAUCAUGACCAGAAUGGAUCGUCUAUUGAAUUUCUUGUCAUUUAUUCAGGAUUUACAUAAAAACUACUGUGACCCAGCAGUAAUCGGCAUUGCCCCAAAACAAAGACUUCAAAGUGGGAAGUCUAUAAAUAGGACACAAGAUGAUCUUUUGAGAAGUUCAGCUUAUAUAUAUAAUGCAGAUAGUAAAAGAUCAAACGAAGGUGAGAAAAUUAUUCAACCAAACAAGAAGCUUACAGAAACUUUAUCAAGAAAAAUAGCUCAGAAUAUUAAUCUAAAGAAGAGCCUACUUGAGAGGUAUAAAAUUGAAUGGAAGAAUAAGAAUUUUCUAAGCCCCGAAAAUCCCAAGAAUACCUAUGGUCAUAUUAAACAACGGUCCCUUGAGGGAAUUAAAAAAAACCCCGUUUAUGGCGACCAAAUACUAAGCCGAGAACCAGUUGGGCUCGAAUCAUAUGGAGGAAAUGUCAGAAAAAUCUUCGAAUCGUUGCAGUAUUCUAGGAAAAAAAUUGGAGAGGAUAAAGACGGAUCAAGACUACUAUCAAAUAUACAAAUCUCCAAAGAUUUUAUUUCAGAAAGCAAAUCUGAGAAUUCUUUGAAAUUAGAAAAACCGAACUUGAGCUUCAAAAAAUCGGAAGAUCAACGAAUUCAAGGACUACAGAGACUCAUUGAAAAACUUAAAGAGGUUAAGCUGGGCUCAAAUAGCCACGGAGAUAAAUUCGUGGAAGAACCAAAAAGCAGUUCAAUCUGUUUACCUUAUUUCAAUAAAGAAGCAAGAAAAGUAAAUGGAGAAUAUUCGAACUCUGCCUUUGAUCCUUUAAAGGCUGAAAGUUUGAUUCAAACUCAAGCGGAGUUCUUAAAUGUUUUAAAUAAGAAUAUUAAGUCUGAAAAGUGUUUACCUGAAAAAGUUAAUGAUGAAAGUAACUCAAAAGAGAGUACUCAUAAAGAGAAGCGGCGUUGGGAGUUGGAUACACCUUAUAUCUAUUAUAGGAAUAUUGAACUCGAUAACCGUUUGAAUCCAGAAAAUAGAAAGGAAAAAUACAAUGAACCCGUUAAUAUGGAUCAUUGCGGAAAUACUGAGGUAGAACAAACAUAUAUCCGAGGAAUACCCCCAGUAAAAUAUGAAUAUUCUAAAGCUAGAGAGCCGGUUUGUGUCACUCAACAUAUUAGUCCGGAGUCGACUCCAAAUAUUAUUUCUCAAAUUGAUCAAGAAAAAAUUGAAAGAACUAUUAAAUUAGAACAAUUGACUGUCUUAAAUGAGACUAAUGAAGAAGAUCAAUUCGACGAUUUUGUAACUCCUGAAUUAGUUAGUUUGUGUUCAGAAAAGAAUAUAGGGCUUGAAAGUGCCAUUCCAAAAAAUAAUUCAAGUAAUACAGACAUACAAAUUAAAACGAUUAAUCCGGCGUUAGUUCAUGUUCCAAAAAAUGUCUGCAUUGAUGUAACACAGGAAACAUUCGCCAAGGAUAAAUUAUGCAAUAUAUCCAAUAUAGAUUCUGCUGAAGAUACGAGCGCUGAUCUAAUAGGAUGUGAGGAUACUCUAGUUCACGCUAUUAUCCCAGAUAUAGCUUUUGACGAAAUCGAACAAACUCUGGAACGAAGGCAUGAUUUGGAAAAUUCCCCACUGAAACCCAUUAAAAUCCUUAAGGAUGGGGAAACUGCAGUUGAAGAGAUCAGCAAAAUAACCAACAAGUUGGAAGACAUGACUAUUAUGAAUGAAAGUUUGAUCAAAAGAAUCGAAGACUUACCAAUUGAAAAUAUUGUUUCAAACGAAAAUAGCUUAUCGAUUUUAAAUUCUUACAUUCCCAGCUCAGAAAAAAACUCUAACAUAAAUGAGAAGGCUAUAAGCAUGAGUCGAAUAUCAAACAUUGAAUAUUUUACUUCAGGUGAUGAGGAGCUUAGAAGUAAAAUUGAAGAAUACAAUUACUGGUUUGAAAAUGCAAGCUCCGGUAAUCACUAUGAACUGAGUUUGGACGGAUUAAAUUUGGAAGAGUUUUAUUACAAAAGCAUUGAGUCAAUUCCCAGAUGCUACGAUGAAUUAAUCGAUAUGUCGGAGAGUUCCAUAUACAAUUUGUGCAAAAUAAUCUGCAAUACAUUGCCCAGGGUUGUAAUAGAGCAAGUGAAGAAAGAUACCGUGAAUAAAGCGGGAGAAAAUGAAAAUGACGUAGGAAUUGAGGUUUUAGCUCACUAUGAGUUAUGUGAGGAAAAUCUUUUAUCUUUUGUUCAUGAGCAGGUGAUGAAAGACCCAAGUUACCUAGAGUUUAGGUCAUCUAUUCGAAGAGAAGUCUACCCUCCAGAUGAUAACUUUAUUCUAUUGAUUAUUGAUCUCAUAAGAGAAUUGGUAAAAGAAUGGAGGUACUAUGUGUUAAAUUCACAGAAAAUGCAAAUAACAAAUGAAUUGAUCUCUAAGCAGGUAGUAGAUAUCUUAAGCAACUCCUAUGAACCUUAUUUGUCAGAGGUAAGUCCUGAGGAAUGGGUACUAAAAAAAGUUUUUCAUGCGCCCCGUUACCCUAAUAUCCUUGAGUCUGAAAAAGAGCUCCUCAAUAUUGAGCAUUUGUUUAAAUAUCAUUCUUGUGAAGAUUCUAUCACAAAUGAGUAUAUUAACAUGGACCGUCAACAGUGGCUUCAAACUAGCAAUUACUAUUUGCCACUUCUAAACGAGGUUAUCGAACAAAUUCUGCACGAGACAAUUGGUAGUGCUAUUUUAGACUUAAAAACUCAUUAG